AAAGUGGAGAUCACAGCCGGGAAAAACCGGACUGGAUCCCGAGGCCUCCUCCAGGGAGGGGCGGCAGGGGUGUCUCAAAAUCUCCCACCUGUCAGCCCAACUUUUGGAUUCCUCGUCACCUUCCACACUGCCCGAGCUCCGGACAUACAGCCCCGGUGUACGAGGGUCCCAUUCUUUGCACACCAGGGGUAUAAUGGACUCCGGACUGUUGGCGAGAGUGACAGCAAAAAGAGCCAGCCUCUUCUCCGAGGCUUCUUAGCAACCUGCCUGUCUCGGCUCCAGGAGGCGGGUUCCAGCCAAUGGCUGAGCCACCCGCUUCCAGCCAAUGGCUGAGGGAUGAGCUGAGGGGAGUGAGAGGUCCCUUACUGCACCCGGACAUAACGGCGCUGGCACCGCCCCUUCUCGAUAACUCGCAGAGCUGGGCUGGUAAAAUUGCAGUGCUAAGAACACUGGACCCGGGACGGAGUCUCCAACUCCUGGCCUCUAGCAGUCCUCCUGUGUAGGUCUCCCAAAGUGCUAGUAUGUCCAGAAUUGGUGGGUUCUUGGUCUCACUGACUUCAAGAAUGAAGCCGCGGACCCUCGCGGUGAGUGUUACAGUUCUUAAAGGCGGCGUGUCCGGAGUUUGUUCCUUCUGAUGUUCAGAUGUGUUCGGAGUUUCUUCCUUCUGGUGGGUUCGUGGUCUUGCUGGCUCAGGAGUGAAGCUGAAGACCUUCACACCGGCAGGGCUGGCUGGCUGCUCCGAGUGCGGAGCCCGCCAAGCCUACGCCCACCCGGAACUCCAGCUGGCCCGCAAGCUCCGCGCGCAGCCCCGGUUCCCGCUCGCGCCUCAGCCUCCACACCUCCCUACAAGCUGAGGGAGCCGGCUCCGGCCUUGGCCAGCCCAGAAAGGGGCUCCCACAGUGCAGCGGCGGGCUGAAGGGCUCCUCAAGUGCCGCCAAAGUGGGAGCCCAGGCAGAGGAGGCGCCGAGAGCGAGCAAGGGCUGUGAGGACGGCCAGCACGCUGUCACCUCUCACUAGGAUUAUAAGGGUCUGCUACAAUGCUGCUGCUGCACAGAGCUGUGGUCCUCAGGCUCAAACAGGCCUGCAGACUCAAGUCAAUCCCCUCAAGGAUCUGCAUUCAGGCCUGCUCCAUAAAUGAUUCAUUUCAGCCCCAGCGCCCCAGCCUCACCUUCUCUGGUGAUAACUCCAGCACCCAGGGAUGGAGAGUCAUGGGGACCCUAUUAGGUCUCGGUGCAGUGUUGGCCUAUCAGGACCAUCGGUGUAGGGCUGCUCAGGAGUCAACACACAUAUACACUAAGGAGGAAGUGAGUUCCCACACCAGCCCUGAGACUGGGAUCUGGGUGACUCUGGGCUCUGAGGUCUUUGAUGUCACAGAAUUUGUGGACUUACAUCCAGGGGGCCCUUCAAAGCUGAUGCUAGCAGCUGGGGGUCCCCUAGAGCCCUUCUGGGCCCUCUAUGCUGUUCACAACCAGUCCCAUGUGCGUGAGUUACUGGCUCAGUACAAGAUUGGGGAGCUGAACCCUGAAGACAAGGUAGCCCCCACCGUAGAGACCUCUGACCCUUAUGCUGAUGAUCCUGUACGUCACCCAGCCCUGAAGGUCAACAGCCAGCGGCCCUUUAAUGCAGAACCCCCCCCUGAGCUGCUGACAGAAAACUACAUCACACCCAACCCUAUCUUCUUCACCCGGAACCAUCUGCCUGUACCUAACCUGGAUCCAGACACCUAUCGCUUACACGUAGUAGGAGCACCUGGGGGUCAGUCACUGUCUCUUUCCCUGGAUGACUUGCACAACUUUCCCAAGUACGAGAUCACAGUCACUCUGCAGUGUGCCGGCAACCGGCGCUCUGAGAUGACCCAGGUCAAAGAAGUAAAAGGUCUGGAGUGGAGAACAGGAGCCAUCAGCACUGCACGCUGGGCUGGGGCACGGCUCUGUGAUGUGUUAGCCCAGGCUGGCCACCAACUCUGUGAAACUGAGGCCCACGUCUGCUUUGAGGGACUGGACUCAGACCCUACUGGGACUGCCUAUGGAGCAUCCAUCCCUCUGGCUCGGGCCAUGGACCCUGAAGCUGAGGUCCUGCUAGCAUAUGAGAUGAAUGGGCAGCCUCUGCCACGUGACCACGGCUUCCCUGUGCGUGUGGUGGUGCCUGGAGUGGUGGGUGCCCGCCAUGUCAAAUGGCUGGGCAGAGUGAGUGUGCAGCCAGAGGAAAGUUACAGCCACUGGCAACGGCGGGAUUACAAAGGCUUCUCUCCAUCUGUGGACUGGGACACUGUAGAUUUUGACUCUGCUCCAUCCAUUCAGGAACUUCCUGUCCAGUCGGCCAUCACAGAGCCCCGGGAUGGAGAGACUGUAGAAUCAGGGGAGGUGACCAUCAAGGGCUAUGCAUGGAGUGGUGGUGGCAGGGCUGUGAUCCGGGUGGAUGUGUCUCUGGAUGGGGGCCUAACCUGGCAGGUGGCUAAGCUGGAUGGAGAGGAACAGCGCCCCAGGAAGGCCUGGGCAUGGCGUCUGUGGCAGUUGAAAGCCCCUGUGCCAGCUGGACAAAAGGAACUGAACAUUGUUUGUAAGGCUGUGGAUGAUGGUUACAAUGUGCAGCCAGACACCGUGGCCCCAAUCUGGAACCUGCGAGGUGUUCUCAGCAAUGCCUGGCAUCGUGUCCAUGUCUAUGUCUCCCCAUGAGCAUGGAAAGGAGCCACCUCCACCCCUUUCCCCACCCAUUAGCCUCACCGCUUCAGAAAAAUCUUUCCUACCUCUCAACUUCUUGGAUCACAACUCUGGCCUUCCUAAGCCAUACCCAAGUACAUAGCACAUUUCACCCAAGGACCCUCCCUCUUUGGACACUAUGUUACAUACCCCUCUUGGCCUUUGAACCUGUGCCAGGAAGUGUGAGCUGUUACAGCAAGGGGCUGGAAGUGAGACAAGUAAUUCUGGAGACAAGCACUAUUUUCUCUUCCUACCCCACCUCCAUUUCUAAUGCCUACUGCCAUCAAGGCCUUGUUUUGCUUUUUUUUUUGGAUUCUUCAGAUAAAUGUGUGUGGCAUGUGUAAGAAAAGUGUAUAUACUAUUUUAUACUACCUCUCCAGGUUGCCAGAGAGUUGUGAGGAGAGCAAGGGGCACAACCAUCUUCCUUUAUAGUUCUACUUUUCUAAUAAAUAGUCUGUUUAAGAUCA